AUGAUUCUUCUCCGACGUCUUCUUGCCACAUCAUCUAGUCAGAGAAUCCCGGAAAGAAGUAUAUUCUUCAGUCGUGUCCCAGAAUCUGAGGUAGUAUAUCAUAAUGCGAAUACAACGACUUCACAAGUUCCCAAUGAUUCAAUCGGUAAAAAGAUUCUUCCUGUUGUGGAUUCGAUUCAGGACAAACCUGUUGUUAUUCACUCGUUUUCAAUGAAUGGAAUAAGAGGCCUAAUCUCUCUGGCAAAAGCUUCAAAUAACCCAAAACUCUUUGAAAGACUUGAGGGAAUUGUCUUCGAUAGUGCUCCGUCCCGUACACUACCGUACCAGAAUGGGAAAGCAAUGAUGCUAUCGAGACCAUCUGUAAACUAUAUGAGCGAUUCAAAUAGAGCAGUUAUUUUCCAAUUGCUCAACGCAAUUAGGGAUGCUUUGAUCAGUCCAAUUAUCAGAAUCUUCCCAUCCCUUCGUCAUAACUUUCUUCUCCACUGGUACAUUCAUGACAAAAUUCAACUUCCAAAACAACAACUUUUCUUGUACUCGGAAAAAGAUUCCAUGAUCCCUUUCAGAGGUCUUGAGGAGUUUAUAGAAGAACAAAAAAGGAGAGGAUGUGAUGUGGAUAGUGUCAACUUUAGAGACACUGAACAUGUGGCACAUUUUCGGGAAAAACCAGAAGAAUACACUAGAAAGUGCAUUGAAUUCGUCAGUAAAAUUUGA